AUGGAAAGUUCAUCAAACCAGACAACCUCAAAAUUUGUGGCUCAGGCAAAGAAGCUGAUAUACCACAGAAUGUUAGUGGGAAUUAAGGACGGUCGAUUUUUCGUAGGCUCGUUUUACUGUAUGGACAAACAGGGAAAUAUCAUUCUCCAAGAUGCCGUUGAGUAUCGAAGCACGAGACGAACUUCUCCAUCACCUAUGGAUCAGAGGGUCGUGGGCCUUAUCCUUAUCCCGUUUUCUUGCCGAACUUCUUGCCAUGUGGAUUGUUCGGAUGAGGAGCAGCUCUCUUUAUUGUCCCUCAAAUGA